AUGGCGGCCUCGAGGGCUCUGAGGCUUACGUGCCCGUUCUUCCUCUUGUGGCACGGGGUGAGUUGCUUCUACGUGCCAGGAGUGGCUCCCAUCAAUUUCCACCGGAACGCUCCUGUAGAAAUCAAGGCUGUGAAACUCACCAGUUCGCGGACGCAGUUACCUUACGAGUAUUACUCCCUGCCCUUCUGCCGGCCGGACACCAUCAAAUAUAAAGCUGAAAAUUUAGGGGAGGUCCUGAGAGGGGAUCGCAUUGUCAACACGCCCUUCGAGGUUUCCAUGAACGUGGAAAAGAAGUGCAACGUGUUGUGUCAUGUCCCAAACAAGCCCAAGAUGUUGACCAAGGAGAGCAGCCAACUGGUGGUGGAACGGAUCCAGGAGGAGUACUACGUUCACCUCAUUGCCGACAACUUGCCGGUGGCCACGAGGCUGGAAUUCUACUCAACCCGCGAAGAGGAGGAGAAGAACAAGGACCGAGACCUUCAGUUUGAACAUGGCUACCGACUUGGGUUCACGGAGAAGAACAGGUUCUUCCUGCACAACCAUCUUUCCUUCAUCCUUUACUACCAUAGAGAGGAGGUGGAGGAGAGCCAGGAGCCCACCUAUCGGGUGGUUCGCUUCGAGGUCAUCCCGCAGAGCAUCGCGCUGGCAGAUAUGAAGGUGGACGAGAAGGGGGUCUGUGUCCUGCCUGAAGCUGCCAGCGCCUCCGCUCAAGAAAUCGACCCGAAUAAGCCAAAUGAGCUUUUUUUCACCUAUUCUGUGCACUGGGAGGAGAGUGACAUCAAGUGGGCUUCCCGGUGGGACACUUACCUCACCAUGAGCGACGUCCAGAUCCAUUGGUUUUCCAUCGUCAACUCCGUGGUGGUGGUCUUCUUUCUUUCAGGCAUCCUCAGCAUGAUUAUCAUCCGGACCCUCCGGAAAGACAUCGCCAACUACAACAAGGAAGACGACAUUGAAGACACCAUGGAGGAAUCCGGGUGGAAGCUGGUGCACGGGGACGUCUUUCGGCCUCCACAGUAUCCCAUGAUCCUCAGCUCCCUGCUGGGCUCCGGCAUCCAGCUCUUCUGCAUGAUCCUGAUUGUGAUUUUUGUGGCCAUGCUGGGGAUGCUGUCUCCCUCCAGCCGGGGGGCUCUGAUGACCACCGCCUGCUUCCUCUUCAUGUUCAUGGGGGUCUUCGGGGGCUUCUCGGCUGGCCGUUUGUACCGCACCCUCAAAGGGCAUCGGUGGAAGAAAGGCGCCUUCUGUACCGCCAUGCUGUAUCCCGGGGUCGUCUUUGGCAUAUGCUUCAUCCUGAAUUGUUUCAUCUGGGGCAAACACUCCUCGGGGGCGGUCCCGUUCCCCACCAUGGUGGCGCUGCUCUGCAUGUGGUUCGGGAUUUCCUUGCCCCUGGUGUACCUGGGCUACUACUUCGGCUUCCGCAAGCAGCCCUACGACAAUCCCGUGCGGACCAAUCAGAUCCCAAGGCAGAUCCCGGAGCAGAGGUGGUACAUGAACCGGUUUGUGGGGAUCCUGAUGGCUGGAAUUCUGCCUUUUGGAGCCAUGUUUAUUGAACUUUUCUUCAUUUUCAGCGCCAUCUGGGAGAAUCAGUUCUACUACCUCUUUGGCUUCUUAUUCCUGGUGUUCAUCAUCCUGGUGGUCUCCUGUUCCCAGAUCAGCAUCGUCAUGGUGUACUUCCAGCUCUGUGCUGAGGAUUAUCGGUGGUGGUGGAGGACAUUCCUGGUCUCCGGAGGAUCCGCCUUCUAUGUGCUGAUCUACGCAGUCUUCUACUUCGUGAAUAAGCUGGACAUUGUGGAAUUCAUCCCUUCCCUGUUGUAUUUCGGCUACACUGCCCUCAUGGUGCUGUCCUUCUGGCUCCUGACCGGGACCAUCGGCUUCUAUGCAGCCUACAUGUUUGUCCGCAAAAUUUACGCCGCGGUGAAAAUAGACUGAAGGUGCCGGCACACCCGGACGAACCACCGAGCCACCACCAGGCUUUUGGGUUUGUUUGUUUUUCCUAGGAAGGAAAACGGGGAACUUAUAUUUCCUGUUUCUCCCGAGGACAGCAAAAUCCUUUGGGAGCAGGACGCAGGAAAUAAUAACAA